GGAUAAGUUCCGCUCUCCGCCUUUCUGCUCGCAUUCUGUGACUCGCAGAACAGUUCAGCAUUACGUGUGAGUUUUCUCCGUGUUGAAAUAUUAGAAAUGGCAGAAACUGCUCCAGCACCAGCCGCUCCUGCUCCGGCUAAAGCUCCCAAGAAGAAAAGCGCAGCAAAGCCCAAGAAAUCGGGUCCCAGCGUGUCGGAGCUCAUCGUCAAGGCUGUGUCUGCCUCCAAGGAGCGCAGCGGGCUGUCUGUGGCGGCGCUCAAGAAGAUCCUGCAGGCCGGCGGCUAUGAUGUGGAGAAGAACAACUCCCUCGUCAAUAGAGCCCUCAAGAGCAUGGUGACCAAGGAGACCCUGCUACAGACCAAGGGCACCGGCGCCUCGGGCUCCUUCAAGCUCAACAAAAAAGCAGCUGAAGCCAAGGAGAAGGCGGCCAAGAAGAAGGCAGCUCCAAAGAAACCAGCGGCAAAGAAAGCGGUUGUCAAGAAAACAACGAAAAAUGUUUCGGCAAAGAAAGCAGCGACACCCAAGAAGACUCCUACAAAAGCGAAGAAACCGAAAGCUGUAAAGAAAGCGCCCAAGAGCCCGAAGAAAGCGGCUGCCAAGCCUAAAAAGGUCGUGAAGAAGAGCCCGAAGAAAGCGAAGGCAGCGCCUAAACCUAAAAAGGUGACCAAGGCAGCUAAACCCGCAGCGAAGAAGGCGGCUCCUAAAAAGAAGUGAUCAGUUAAAGCGACCAUGCGACAGUGAACCCAAAGGCUCUUUUCAGAGCCAAAA